AUGUAUCCAAAUCGUCAUCCUAAUCCUCAUCAACCUGGACAGCCGUUCAAGUUUACAGUUGCUGAAUCAUGUGAUAGAAUUAAAGAAGAAUUCAGUUUUUUGCAGGCUCAGUACCACAAUUUGAAGAUGGAAUGUGAAAAACUAGCACAAGAAAAAACAGAAAUGCAACGGCAUUACGUAAUGUAUUACGAAAUGUCGUAUGGGUUGAAUGUGGAAAUGCACAAACAGACUGAAAUUGCAAAACGGCUAAAUGCAAUAUGUGCACAAGUUAUUCCAUUUUUAUCUCAAGAGCACCAACAACAGGUGGCAGCUGCUGUAGAACGGGCCAAACAGGUGACCAUGGCUGAGCUGAAUGCGAUUAUAGGGCAACAAGUUCAGGCUCAACACUUGCCACAUGCAAAUCCCCCAGCCAUUCCAAUGCCACCACAUCCAGCAAGCUUACAACCUCCAGGAAUUCCAGUCUCUUGUGGGUCAGGACUUCUGGCUCUCUCAAGUACAUUUCCUGGCAAUCCACACUUAAGUGGUUCACUUAAAGAAGAAAAAGGUGAGUGUUGA